AUGCGGAAGCCACGGAAUGUUUUUGUACGUCUAUCACUGGAUGAUGAUUUUGUGAAGGCCUUUGCACGUGAAAGCUGUGAGAUUAAUGGAGUUCCAUAUAGAGUUUUUCACUGGACCACCAAUUUUCAUGAAGACCAAGAACCUAUUUGUGUCCCGGUGUGGAUUACUCUGCCGGGUCUUCCUCCAAACUUCUACCACGAAUCUUUUCUGCGCAACAUUACGGCUCCAAUUGGCAGAUUUCUUAAGAGGGAUAAUCCUACUAGAUGCGCUACUCGCACGGAUGGAGCCAGACUAUGUGUAGAGAUGGAUGUUACAAAAGAACCGAUCAAAGCCUUGUGGAUAGGCAAAAAACAGAAUGUAAAGCUGAAGGAAAACUAUGAGAAUGAAAAACCAACUCUGACUUGGGUGAUUAAGGAAAAGAAAGAUGAGCAACCUACCAUUAUAGUGCAAAAAGGCGAGUCUAGUAAGAUGGGUGAAAAACUGGUGCAAGAGAUUGGAACCCAGUCUAAUGAGCUUCAUCUAGAAAACUCGGAAAGGGAGGGUCAUACGAAACAGGUUGAGAUGGAGAGGUUGAAGAUACAGCUGUAG